AUGGACUUUAUCAACCAAAAGCUCGCCAGGCUCAACAGUCAUAUUUCUCCACGAAAAGCAGCAGAAAGGGCAGAAGUAAAAGAAGGAGCAAGAAGAAAAUCGACUAGCAAAUCAGCCCGCACAUGCACACACUGCAAAAAAAGGGAACCACUGAACCCGCGUGCCGAGCAAAAACUCAAACGAUGCGCACGUUGUCGUUCGGCGCUGUAUUGCUCGCGGGCAUGUCAACGCGCGGACUGGAAGAGAGGACAUCAGCGGGCAUGCAGUGUGGGCGCUAUCAUGGUUGGGAAUAGUUAUUUGGAGAGUUUGCCGACGGAGGAAGCAGUGAUGGAUCAGUUGGUUGAUGCGUAUCGGUUGAGGGUGGAGGAUGAGAAGAUGUAUUGUGGGAGGUUGAGAGGGCGAUAUAUGAACAAUCCUUCUGGCAGCGACCACGACAAUGACAAUCAAGUUCUGCAAUUCGCUCUCCAGGAUUUCCGCGAUUUCCUAGAUCUUGCUGAAUGCCCCAUGCCCAGACACAGCAACCAAGAAGAUAUCGAUGAGAACAACGAUUUCUCAUCCUCACCAUCCUCAUCAACUACACACGACACCGACACAAACUCAGCAUCAUCACCAACACCAUCGUCAUCAUCUUCUUCGUCAUCAACAAGCAGAAACAAAGAUAGUAUUCUACCGAAAUGGUGGAACGCCGAAAGACGGACAUACUGCGAACAACGUGCAAUGAAUCAAACCGAAGGAAAUACAUGGUCUAGUCUUCUACAUCCAGCGACAAAUGCCUAUGAAACUUCGAUUGUUGGCCGAGAGGGUGUAUGGGUCGGAUAUAAUGGGGGGACAAUCCCAUUGAUGUGUCACCCAAGUUUAAAGCCCUAA